AUGCCGACCACCAAUGAGCCCAAGCUGCAGCCGCCCAUGGAGGCCGCCAGCGCCGACCCCGCAUCGCGCCCAGCCGGCGAGAACGCCAUCGUCGCGACACAACCGAAAGCUGAGCCGCAGCCGAUGAUGGAGAACGACAUGGAGAUGACGCUUCGCGGCGGUGGUUGCACGCAUUACUGCGGCUUUUCGUGCUGUGAUGGGCGCUGCAACUUUAGGUUGUGUUAA